UUGUGAAGUUGAACGCCCACAUACCAUCAAGGGUAUCACAAUGGCUGCUCUCAGCAGAUACGGUAGACUAUUGUUUGCUGGUUCUAAAAGAGUUCUCUCUCGUUCAUUCUUCGGCUCCAGCAGGGAAGGAGGGAAAGGAUCACAGAGUAAAGUAUUAGGAGGUACUUCAGCUCCAGUCUAUGAACUACAAGUUCAUAAUGUGAAACCAGAACACAUGAAGGAUUAUUUGUCACUGACUGAGGACCAGUAUACCAGGCUAAACAGUUCAUCUUCUAUUCCAGUGGACCUCAUCGGCAGUUGGACGGUUCAAGUUGGACUGAAUGUUGAUCAAACACUGCACCUGUGGCGCUACAAAGAUGGGUAUGAGACUAUGGACAAAGUGUGGACUUGCCUCAAGGAAGAUAAAGAAUGGCAGGAUUACAGUCAUAAUAAACUAGCCAAUCAGAUCUACUCUAGAAGUUCUCAGGUUCUCGUUGCUUUUACAUUCUGGGACCCAGCUGGACUAGAGUCAGAGACUAAAAGAGGAUUAUAUGAAAUGAGAACAUACACUCUAAAGGCUGGAACUACUAUUGAAUGGGGCCAUGAAUGGAGGCAGGGGCUGAAGUUCAGAGACAAGAGAGAGGCUGUGGGCGGCUGGUUCUCACAAAUUGGAGAAAUGCAUGUUGUCCAUCAUUUAUGGGGUUAUGAGAAUUUGGUCGACAGACGAGAUACAAGGCAACAGGCUUGGCAGGAGCCUGGUUGGGAUCAAUGUGUCCGUGAAACAGUUCCAUUAAUACGUCACAUGGAGGCUAGGAUUCUCCGCCCAAACUCGUUUUCUCCGUUGCAAUAAUUAAUUUUAUUAAUUGACUUUAAAAGAUUAUUAUUUUGAUUGGAAUAAAUAAUCACAAAAUUUAAAAUGAGUUUUUGUUCUUAAAAUCAAAUUAAAAACAAAUCAAAUGAAAUGUAUCACAGAAAGGACUAAAAACUAUAACAAA